CCCGCCAUGUCUCCCACGACAUCCAACCUCAAAGAUGACUUUGACCGCGAAGGCUAUGUGAUCGUCCCAUCAGAUCUUUCCUCCGCUCAACUCGAAGACCUCCGAAAAGCCAGCAAGAAUGUCGCGGCAUUAGCUCGCACAGGUCAAUGGCCUCACGUUCGAACGCUACCUCGUCAAUUCCCUCCCUGGCCCUCAGAUCCAUCACGAGGAAUCUGGGGAGUGCAGCAUCUGAUGCAUCCCGAUUUACCAGGCCAUCAACUGUUCACUUCGACGUACUUUUCGGACAGAAUCAUUGAGACUGUGCGGGAAUUGAUGGGUGGUUGUGCAGAAGACGAGCUUGUCUUAGAGCUUUACAAUCUGCUUGUCAGACCGGAUGAGGACUUCGAGUUGCGAUGGCAUCGAGAUGAUAUCCCAGCCACUGCAACCCCAGAAGAGCAAAUGGCACGUCUCAGUAAACCCGCCUUCCAUGCCCAAUGGAACUGCUGUCUUUACGACGAUGCUUCCUUGAUCGUAGUUCCACAGUCCCACCGCCGGCCUCUGAACGACUCGGAGAGAGACGCAGAUCCACUCGAACCGAGCAUGCUCUCGCAGCUCGCCGUGCAACUCAAAGCCGGCGACAUCGUCUUCUACAACAACAACAUUCUGCAUCGUGGCGUGUACCGGACCGAUGUGGAGCGGAUGACGCUGCAUGGGAGUAUCGGCCAUGUUGACGGCGGUCCUCUGCGUGCGAGGAAUGUGCUACAGCAUGGUCGAGACUGGAUCGGUGGUGUCGACUUCUCGCAAGUGGAGAAUCCGGAUCGCGCGAGCGGGAUGCGGGAGAGAUUGCUAGAGUUGGGGAAGAAAUAUGAGGAGGUCGGGUUUGCUCAUGAUGAGUAA